AUGGCAUUAAUUAAGUGCUACCACAAUUGGUUAGAGUGGCUGGAUGGCGAUGCUGAUUUUGUUCGGGUCUUUACCUUUGAUUUUAAAGAGGCCUUUGAUUAUGUCUCACAUUACAUUUUAUCUGAGAAACUUAAAGCACUGAAAGUAAAUCCCUACAUCAUCAAUUGGAUUAUCGAUUUUCUUUCAGAUAGAAGACAAAGAGUUACGGUGGAUGGGAUAACAACAGAAUAUGUAAAUAUUAACAGAGGCGUUCCACAAGAAUCAGUUCUUGGUCCUGUGCUAUUCAGUAUAAUGGUUAAUGAUAUUGAUACUAUUUAUGAGGAGAAGAGUUUGAUGACUAAGUUCGCAAAUGACUUGACUCUGAGUGUCCCGGUUAAAGCAAAUGGGUUCGAUUCUUCAUCUGAUGAGAUUGCUAAUAUUCAGAAAUGGUCGUUUGAAAACAGCAUGUCCUUAAACCUAGAAAAAACCUGGGAAAUGUUAGUACGAGGGAAAACCAACAAAUCCCUUCCUUUACCGAUAUCAGGAAUUGAAAGAAAGAAUGAACUUAAACUGUUUGGUGUAACUUUGAAUGAAAAUCCAUGCAACUGGGACGCAAACAUAAACUCCUUGCUUCAGAAAGGUGGUUCACGUAUGUACAUUCUGAGAGUCUGCAAAUUUUAUGGUUUCCCAAUGAAAGAUCUAGAAAUGCUAUUCAACAGUCUUAUAGUUUCACUUUUCUUCCACGCUAUUGGAGCUACUGUGGGGUGGAGCAUUUCAAAGUAA